AUCAGCUGAGUCCAAUCACAGCUGAUCGCAUGAGAGCCGGUAAUCAGCAUUCCUCAGAGGGGAUAUGUACACUGAUCAUCAGGGCACUGAUGAUCAGUGUGCCCUGAUGAUCAGUGUAGCCCCAGCAGUGCCACCUGUCAGUGUCCAUCAAUGCCAGCUGUCAGUGCCCAUCAAUGGCACAUAUCAGUGCCUACCAGUGUGCAUCAAUGCCACAUAUCAGUGCCCAUCUGAGCUGCCUUUCAGUGUCACCUAUCAGUGCCAGUCAGUGCCACCU